CUUCCACGCGCAGCCCUGCCAGUUGGCAGGAAGAAAGUCAGCAAAGCUGCUGAUAAGAGGAGUAUAAAGAGGGCUUGGUUCAUGGCAGGGGGGCAGUGGUCUACUCUGCUGGCAACAUGCUGCGCUUGCUGGUGUUCGCAACCCUGGUCCUUUAUGGACACAGCACCCAGGACUUUCCAGAAACCAAUGCCCGGGUAGUCGGAGGGACUGAGGCCACAAAGACUUCUUGGCCCUCUCAGAUUUCCCUCCAGUACCAGUCUGGAAGUUCCUGGUCUCACACCUGUGGAGGGACCCUCAUCAGACAGAACUGGGUAAUGACAGCUGCUCACUGUGUGGACAGUCAACGGACCUUCCGUGUGGUGGUUGGAGAACACAACCUGAGCCAGAAUGAUGGCACCGAGCAGUACGUGAGCGUGCAGAAGAUCGUGGUGCAUCCCUCCUGGAACAGCAAUAACGUGGCUGCAGGCUACGACAUCGCCGUGCUGCGCCUGGCCCGGAGCGUUACCCUCAACAGCUACGUCCAGCUGGGCGUUCUGCCACAGUCUGGAACCAUCCUGGCUAACAACACUCCCUGCUACAUCACAGGCUGGGGCAGGACCAAGACCAAUGGGCAGCUGGCCCAGACCCUGCAGCAGGCCUACCUGCCCGUCGUGGACUACGCCACCUGCUCCAGCUCCUCCUACUGGGGCUCCACUGUGAAGAACACCAUGGUGUGCGCUGGAGGAGAUGGAGUUCGUGCUGGAUGCCAGGGUGAUUCAGGGGGCCCCUAUUGCUUGGUGAAUGGCCAGUAUAGUGUCCACGGUGUGACCAGCUUUGUGUCCAGCCUGGGCUGUAAUGUCUCCAAGAAGCCUACUGUCUUCACCCGGGUCUCUGCUUACAUCUCUUGGAUAAAUAACGCCAUUGCCAACAACUGAAUAUUUUCCUGAGUCCAUCGGCCUUGCCAAGGUGAUUCUUAGGUCCACAGCAGGACUUGAGGCCAUCAAGCAAAAAACACUGUAAGAGACUAUUGAGCCAGAUAUAGAAAAACAAAUAAAACUGAACAUACAUAUUA